GUUAGUAGUAUCAGCAACACUACACUGAAGAACUGAAGACGGAGUUUGUGUAUCUGAGGGGGUUUUCAUAAAUGUAUUUUUAUUUGAUUACUGAAGAUACGUGCAAGGAAUAUGGCAGAUGACGCUCUGUUUGAAUUCCUCCAUAUGGAGAUUGUUUCUCACGUGUACAAGGAGCAUGCGACCCGGGAGGACAUUGAUAGGGAGAGAGUGACGUGUGUAUCUACACUAGAGGCAAUGGGCUUCAGAGUUGGACAAGGACUGAUUGAAAGGUUUACAAAAGACUGCCCCAGUUUCAAAGAUGACCUGGACGUGAUGAAGUUCCUCUGUAAAGAAUUCUGGAGCACCGUCUUCAAAAAACAAAUCGACAACUUGAGGACUAACCAUCAGGGCACAUAUGUCUUACAGGAUAAUAAAUUUUCACUACUUACUCAGUUUUCCAGUGGAAAGCAAUACCUUGAGGAGGCCCCAAAAUACUUGGCCUUUUCCUGUGGGAUGAUUCGGGGCGCUCUCUCUAACCUGGGCUUGGAGGGUGUAGUGACUGCGGAGGUCUCUUUAAUGCCAUCAUGUAAAUUCCAAGUUGUUAUUCAGAAACUCUAGGAUGGACUGAUGAGCUAUGAACACGAAUGUUUCUUCAUUUAAAACUGUCAAUGUGAAUUAGAUGGACAGAUUUUUCAUGUUUACAACAUUAUUUUUGAUAUAAAGCAGUUUCAAGUUAUAUUUCAGUGAGACAGUUCCCACGCAUUUCUAUACAUACAGUCUUGACGUGUUUGGAAAUAUUCUGAAUACUUUAACACUUCUUAUUGCAAACUAAAUUACUGGAACAGAUAAUCAUGGAAGCGUAUUUUCAUAAAUGUGACAUUUUGUAACUUCUGAAUUAUUGCACAUUAUACUGUAUGUCAGAUUCAGGUCACUUUACAUAUUUUGGCCAUUUUACUUCGGUAAAGUAAACUUAGAUGUAAAAAUGCUAGAUGCUUUUCUACUGUUUUAUUGUAAAUGUAAAUUAUUUCUCCAUAUUUGGGACGGUUUUCUCAAACAAGCGAUCUAAAUCUGUUUUAGUAAUGACACAUCUGAUUAUUUAUUUGAAGAAAAACGGCUCUUUUUAAGUUUAGAAAUAUGUUUAAUGUUUGGGAAUGUUACAGUUAAAUUGUAUCUUACUAGUGAAGUAAAAAAAACAAAAACAGAUUUUUGAUUUCACCAGAAGAGGGCAACCUUUGUCAGUCAGAUGAAUGUCAUAUAGCAUGAAAGCUCAAACAUAUUUCAUCAUAAAAGUUUAAUUUGAAUGAUCUUGCAAAAGCUUCUUGCACUUAAGUUAGUUUGAGGACUCUUUACAGCUGGUGUUCCAGUUAACCCAAGUUGUGUGUUUAAAAGUCGGUACAGUCUUUCUGUUUACCAUCCUUGCACAAUUCUGGAUGAAUUUAUAAGCAUUCAAAUAAAUGAUGGAUAAAAAAA